CACACUGAAGAUACUGAAGAACUAACAGAGUUGAUUAAAGAUAAUGAGGAGAAAGAAGAAUUGAGUGAAUUUGAGGAGAAAAAUCAUGUUAAAAGUGGAGAAAAACCCAAACAGAACGAUUUAAAGAAAAGAAGAGCCAAUAAAUAUUUCUUCUGCACUCAGUGUGGAAAGAGUUUCACAUGCAAACUUACUCUUGAGCGUCACAUGAGAGUUCAUACUGGAGAGAAACCAUUCACUUGUGAUCAGUGCGGAAAGAGUUUCUCACAAUCAUCAAACCUUAAGAAACACAUGAAGAUCCAAACUAGAGAGAAACCGUACACAUGUGAUCAAUGCGGCAAAACGUUUUUGAGGGCUUCAACCCUGAAGAAACACUUGAAAGUUCAUACAAAGGAGAAGCCACAUUCAUGUUAUUUGUGUGGAAAGAGUUUUUCGUGUUUACAAUAUUUAAAAUUACAUCAGAAAAUACAUGCUGAUGUGAGAGAGUACAUGUGCUUUAAAUGUGAAAAGACUUUUACUUCAGCAAACUAUUUGAAAGAACAUCAGAAAAUAUAUGCUGCUGUGAGAGAGUACAUGUGCUUUGAGUGUGAAAAGACUUUUACUUCAGCGAGCCGUUUAAAACUGCACAAGAGGAUUCACACUGGAGAGAAACCUUACAAGUGUUCACACUGUGGCAAGAGAUUCAGUCAAUCAUCAACUCUGAAAACACACGAGAGGAUCCACGCUGGAGAGAAACCGUAUCACUGCACUGCAUGUGGGAAGUGUUUC